AUGACUGCGCAAGCAGACUGGGCUGAACGGAUUCUCAGUUGCAAAGACGAUGAAAACUUGACGCAAAUCCUAAGCGACCAGGAAGAGAGCAUCCAAAUCUACAAAAAGGCAACAGAUCAACUGACCGCUUUCAACGAUUUCAGUACUGCCAGAUUUACACAAAUACAGAGGCAUCUAGAGUCUCAUACAAAGCUCAUAAAAGAGAUCAAAAAUGACUUGGAUGCCGCGUUUCUGAAAAUUAGGGUACUUAAACAACAUUGUCAGGAGCGCCAUCCAGUAGAACAUGAGAAAGCACUCGAACGAUAUCCACCACGAGUCGUUGAGGAUGAUUGA